AUGGCAGAUGCUGUGGGGGACGCUUCGUCGGGAGCGCCGAUUCCCACCGCCGACGCUCGCUUCGUCGGACCACCCGAGAUACUCAACGGAGGCAAACGCCGCCAACGUUUGCUUCGUGGAUUGCAACGCUUCUCGUCCACCCCUUCCCUGAACGGCCUCCGUCGCUCGAAAUCCGCCGUCGGCCCGUAUAGACAUCAUGGCGCCCUGUCUUGCGUCACACUUUCCAGCCAGUCGUCCACCCCUCAUUUCCAACCCUCGCCGACCGGCUUGCCCUCCGCCACGACUCCAUCUCCUACCGUACCGCCCCCCGGUACCCCCUUCCAAAACAACGCCGAGGGGCCAGUAAGCCUGGGCCGAGUGGGAGGCGGAGUCCCGGCGACUUCACCCGGCAGCGUACCGCUACCCCUCGAACUUCAACCAUCCCCCCACAACGAGCAGGGCACGCGAUUGCGAUCGGUCUCUUCGCCCCAAAGCUUGCCCAAGGUUCCCUUCUGGGAGAGGAUCCCGCACGAGAUUUGCGUCUACAUCUUCUCCUUCCUGAAGCCCAAGGAGCUCGUUCAGGCAUCGAGGACGAGCAAGCACUGUUACAAGAUUUGCUUCGAUGGCCAGCUUUGGACUUCUUUUGACGCAUCCGAGUUCUACCAAGAAAUUCCCGCAGACUCCCUUGCCAGGAUCAUCAUCGCUGCGGGGCCGUUUGUCAAGGACUUGAACCUCCGGGGCUGCGUCCAAGUCGACCACUACAGGCGUACCGAGGUCCUCGUCAAGGCCUGCAAGAAUCUUAUGAAUGCCUCUCUCGAGGGCUGCCGCAACUUUCAGAAGAAUACGCUCCAUAAUCUCCUCAAGAGCAAUGAGAGGCUCGUGAAUCUCAACCUGACGGGGCUUGCCGCAGUGUCCAACACGUCGUGCAAGAUCAUCGCCGAGUCCUGCCCCCAGCUGGAAACGUUCAACGUGUCGUGGUGCGAAAAGGUGGAGGCCAAGGGUAUCAAGGCCGUCAUCGAUUCCUGCACGAGGCUGAGGGAUCUCAGGGCCGGCGAGGUUCGCGGAUUCGAUAGUGUGGCCGCCGCCGAGUCCAUCUUCAAAAGCAACAAUCUGGAGAGGCUUGUGCUGUGUGGAUGCGUCGAAGUGACGGACGAGGCACUGAAGAUAAUGAUGCACGGGGUAGACCCUGAGAUUGACAUUCUCACAGACCGGCCCGUCGUCGCGCCGCGAAAGCUGAGGCAUCUAGACCUCAGCCGCUGCAACCGCUUGUCCAGUGCUGGCGUCAAAUCCAUCGGUUACGUCACCCCUGAUUUGGAAGGCCUGCAACUCUCCGGCUGCAAGGCUCUCACGGACGCCGCUCUCGAGCCGAUAUUGGCCUCGACCCCUCGACUGACUCACCUCGAGUUGGAAGACCUCGAAGAACUGACAAACUCCCUCCUCUCGGAGCACCUCGCCAAGGCGCCCUGUGCGGCCACGCUGAAGCACCUCUCACUAAGCUACUGCGAAAAUAUUGGCGACGUCGGCGUCCUACCCGUCAUGCAAAAGUGCGUCCAGCUUACCAACGUCGACCUCGACAACACGCGCAUAAGCGACCUCGUGCUAGCCGAGGCAGCCUCCAUGGUCGCCAAGCGCUCGCUCCGGUCGACGAGCACCGACGUGCAGCCAAAGAUCACGCUGCAACUGGUCGUGUACGACUGUCAAAAUGUUACGUGGACGGGUAUUCGGGAAGUUCUCUUCCGCAACAGCCAGACCAUACCGGCUAUCGAGCAGCCCGACCGCGCGUCGCAUGCGACGGAGAUUAUCGGCCUCAAAUGCUUCUACGGCUUCCAGAUGACCGUUGACGAGCACCAGAAGCGCAUUUUGCGGGGAGACUUGUUGUCUGCCAGCAGGCUGGAGAGAAAGUGGGCGGAUUAUAUGCAAGCGAACGAGGAAGCAGGUGCCGGUGGCGCCGGCUACAGAAGACGCAGGCGUCGGGCGAGGGAGGCUCACGCUCUCCACCUAAAUGAGGAGGAUGGAGGGAUUGUCGGACGGCGGAGAGCUCGAACGAUGGGGAGCUGCACCGUCAUGUGA